AUGAACCGCGUUUUACUGCGGACUGUCGGCAUUAUGGGAGGAGCCUUCGUGGCAGUUUCCGUCACGUCGUCGCUCUGCCUCAGGGCUGCUACUGCAGUGCUGGAAAAACGACGAGCUAAGACCGCCCCACCUUGCACCGUGUGCCAAGGCAAGAAGUUUUACCCUUGUCAGUUGUGUCGAUCAGCGGGGAAGAUCCAGUGGAGCCCACUCGCUGACCCUGUGCUGCCUCGGCCGUGCAUAUGCCCCACAUGCAAAGGCAACAAGAUUCAAAAGUGCUUAAAUUGUGCUGGAAGGGGCUAUGUUUAG